AUGGCACAAAAUCACCCAUUAUCGGCUAUUAUCGUAGGACAGAUAGUGUCUUUGUCAGCAAUUUUUAUUCUCGCGACAUGUGUCCUCGUUUUGCGUAUUUAUACUCGCCUUAUGCCGUGUUUAAGUUGGCAGUUGCAAAUAGAUGAUGGUUGUAUCAUCGCUGCAUGGGUAAAUUUACACCACCAUUUAUUUAUGCGGAUCGCGGUUCUCAAUGCUUCAUCAGUGUACAGUAGGGUUCUUGCGGUGCAAAGGCUCAUCGACCUCGCGAAAGGUGCUGGUAUCAUAUCGAACAUAGCAUGGUCAUUGAGUAAAAUCGCAUUCGCUUUCACCCUACUGCGGCUUGCCACUGGACAACUUCGGUGGAUAUUAUGGUUUUUAAUUGCCUCCAUGAAUGUUCUCAUUACGGUCUGGACACCAUUGUUCCAGAAUGCAUGCCGUCCGUACUCGCAUCUACCUUGUUUGACAACCAACCAAACGCAGAAAUUUGCCGUCUUCGUUGCUGGUAAGGAGAGUCCCCCUUCCCCCCCCCCCCCCCCUUCCCCUCUUGGGGGCUCCCCUUGUACUGUUCCAUAG